UGGAUAGGCCUCGGUUUGAGCGCAGACCGCGAACCAGGGAACCUGGGAUGUAUUCGGGUAGGCCGCGGUAUGAGUACGUACCGCGACCCAGUGCACCUGAGACAUAUUCGGGUGGUUCAAGGGGUUAUGAGAGAAGUCGUUCUGGGACUAAGCGGGCUAGCGAGGAUGAUGGUUGGGGGGGACCCAUCCGGAAAACUCGUCCUUGUCCGGUGCCUGGCUGUUCAGUUAGGCCUAGAGGCCCGAUCAAAUGGCAUAUAUACUCUCAUAUGCCGGAGUGUUUUCGUUUUUUGCGAACUGCAAUUGGGCCUAUGCGGGAUGUUACUCUGGCGCAAGUCGGUUGCUUGCGUUACAUCGCAAAGACGCUUACGGGGUCCGAUGAUUUGCAGGGAUUGAAGUCCCUGUGCGCGAGUCAGACUUGGGAAUACACGAAUGACGUGCCAGAGCAUCUCGAGCGGGAAGCUCAAUAUUUCCUGUCAGAGAUGCACUGGAAGAAUCCCGGGGCAGUGAUCGUGCACCCACCUAAUAGUCCUGCGGCUUUGUUACACUGGAGGUGGUUGGCGUUUUUGACGUCUAAAUUGACCACCCCCCAGUGGAGAGAGUUGCAGCGCCUUGGUCGCCGAGUCGCGGUAGCGCCGCGCAAAGUUGUGGAGGAACCUCCUUCCCGGAAGGUGAGCCCGGGUGCUCCUGAUGUUCGUCCCCAGGCCUCCUUUGAUGCCGGGUCGGAUAUCCCAGAGGCACGGGUUCCAUCUCCUGCGAGGGAAGCACCAGAGGUAAGUCCUAUGGAUGUUACACCCCCGGUUUCCGGUUCCGAGCCAGCUCCUGAGUCAACUUAUUCUCAGAUGACUCAGAGGCCGGCAGUUCCCCGGGCUUUUGAUAGCCAUUUUCAUUUGGACCGGAUGGAGUCCGUUCAAAAGAAAAAGGGGAUGGAGUGUGUGACUGCCAUUUCGGGCAGGGCCCCCAAUGUUCCUGUGCGUCUUUGUGGGGGGGUAAUGAAUUACGUUGACCCUCGUCGAUUUCAUGAAAUUCGGCUCCCUGCAGAUCCAUGUUUCCCUGUGUCGGUUGGGAUUCACCCGAAGCACGCGGGAAUUUCGAGUAUUGGGUGGCGUGAUGUGGACCUGGUCGCAGAUAUGGUGUGUGGGGGUCAAGUGGUGGCAAUCGGGGAGAUGGGGUUGGAUUUCUCCGUGGCUGCUGAUCGCUGGGAACCUCAGCGCCGUUUGCUGGCUGCGCAGCUUGCGAUUGGGUGUGCGGGACGUGUUUUAAUCCUGCACCUGCGGGGGGAGAAGUCCGAUCCACUCGGAAUAGCUCCUUCUCGGGAAUGUCGCAGAAUAGUGGGCAAGCAUGUAACCCGGCAUCAGAGGAUUCACAUCCACUGCUGUUCCUUGGGUUCCGGGGAGAUCGCUGCCUGGAGAAAGGAGUACCAGCAUGUGUACUUUGGAUUUACUCCUAUGGUAAGUCAAUUCUCCCCGGCUCAGCUUGCGGCUUUGAAGCAGGUUCCUCUGGACAGGCUUCUGUUGGAGACGGAUUCCCCGUAUUUCCCUCCCCAGGGAGUGAAGCAUUCCACUCCUGCUUACAUCGGGGAGGUGGGGGCAAUGGUGGCCUCUGCGCGGGAAGAGCCCCUGCUCAAAGUACUGGAGGCUACCACUAAGAACGGGCUUCAUCUCUAUAAGCUCCGGUAAGGGAUGAUGUUUGUUAUCCCUGUAAGGUUUUUAGGGGGAUGAUGUUGUUGAUUAUCCUUACAAUAUGUUGAUUAUCCCUGUAAUAUCUUAAGGGGGAUGAUGUUUAUUAUCCCUACAAUGUUUUAAGGGGGAUGAUGACGGUGACUCCUGCAAUGAUUUGAGUGGGGUGUCGAAGUGACUGACCCCUGUAAUGUUUUCCUUGAACAAUUCCCUCCGGGAUAUCGGGGAAUAGUGAUUAUUGGGGGAUGUUUGUGAUUUGUGGAGAAUGUUUGAUGAUUUGUAUAGAUGUAGCAAACUGGGUGUGGUCUUUUCGAGGCCAUUUUAUUUAAACUGCAUUGGUUUAAAAUAAAUUGCACAUUGCUGGCACUCGAUUCGCCCUUUGAUUUCGUUUGCUUCUGCUUUUCCUUUCCAAAAACGAAAAAACUAUACUGUUUGGAUCACCCUUGUUUGUUUUUUUCAGUACAAAGAAAGGGGAUCGGCAUGUUAUUUUUCUAUUAUUCUGUGUAUAAUGAAAUUGCCCUUUUGAGGGCGUGAUAGUUUUUUUAUUUAUGGGAUGUAUAAUAGGGUUGUCCUUUGUAAAUUGGCAAAGGAGGGAGGGUUUUGUUCACGGAAAGAGUAAGAAAUUCUUUUUCCCGGAGGAUGGCAUUGUUUUCUGUACAUUUUGUGUGUUGUUAUUGAUGGACCUGGCUGUUGCAAAAGCCGGUCUUAACGGGUUUCAGCCACUAAUUGUGGCACCCGAGUUUUUUUUGAGGGGUUCAGUUCUCCCUGGGAUGAGUUCUUUGAAACGGGGGGGAAUGUAGUAGUUUUUUAUAUCAAGCUACGCUAGCAGACGACGACAGCCGUAUCCAGUAGCAGCCUACGCUAGCAGACGACGUCUGCAGUCUGCAAUAGCCACCCUCACCA